AUGUCAGUGCCGCUGGCUUUUCUAUCCAAAAGAGUGGAGAGCAUUGGUCUCUCAGAGUCUGCCCUUCCCGCUGCGCUGACGUCGGAGCAGAUGCAAAAAAUUAUCACCAACUUGGAGGGACUCAGCAGCGCGGAGAAUCGCCCCUGUGGGCGUAAUUUUUUUGGGAGGGACUCCGUCUGCGCCGAAGCCAGCAGUUUUUUGGUCUCGCAGGGAUGCCCCUCACAAUCUCUCGUGGAGAGUAGUUUUGUCGCCGCCGGUGAGCACUCGGAGCUGGGGCAGAUGCUGCAGUGGUUUGCCAGAGCUGUAGUGGCGUUGUUUGUGGACGGCGUAAAGAGCGGGACAAAGUUCCCACAGGCGUGGGAGGAGUCGAUGCGGCGGCACCCGACACUCGCCAGUCACACCUUCGAGCUGCAGGGUGUCGGUGCGUUGUUCUCGUUCCUCAUGUGCCAGCUGGCGGCGGUGGAGUCUGCGAUGAGUAAAUGCGGGGUGAGCGGCGAGAUCGGCGCUAUGCGAAAAGUGGAGCUGCGCAGCGACCAGCGGAAGGCGAAAAAGAGGAACGGCUUCGACACCGUCUCGGGGCAACGCGACGGCACACAAGAACACGUUCUAAGAAAAAACGUUCCCACGCAAAAAAACAGUAACGAGGCGGCGGUACCAAAAGACACAUCUAUCACAAACACGGCGGCAGCAGGGGCAACGACAACAACAACAACAACGGCGACGGCGACGGCACAAGGUGAUAAUGUGGACCGACAGACUGUCAUUACGAGCGCAACGAAGCCACGUUUAUCGUUGAGAACUUUAAAAAUGAAAAGCGUGCAGCCGCUGUGGAAUGCUUCAGGGACAACGGAUGUGUCUGCGCCAUUAAAGCCACCGAUACCGUGUCCGCCCUUGACAUCGCUUUCAUGCAAUAAAUCUCAAGAGGCGCAUUCGGGGAGUUUUCUUUCGCCCAUGCAGCCGCGACAACAAGUGGCUUGCAGUGGAGCUUUGGCACCUGGCGUUGGUGGGCUGGAUCACUUAUCGCAUUAUUCGAAAUGGCCGGAUGAAAACAUUGUGCCUCCUCUUGCUUGUACGCAUGCUUUAACAAUUCGAUCGUUGUCGGCUAGGAAUAAUCGUGAGCCGGUAGACUCAGAUGGUGACGCUUGCGAUGGCACGUCAAAUUUUCCGAAGUUGCGUGGUCAUCUGAGUGGUACCGCCUCUACAACUGAAGAACCGAAGGUGGAGAAAAAACAGCCAUUUAAUUCUCAGUUUAAGCAUUUGCGGUUGGAGGAUAUUGAGCAACAGUCGCGUGUUCAGGAGCUGCGUAAACAGUACGGUGUGAAAAAUAUUAUCAACUACGCACGGCAGGAAGUGGAGGACUUCAAGACUGAGAUGCAAAAAAUGCGGGAUAUUUUAGAUGCGGAAUUUAAUCGGACGGAAGAUGCGGCAUGA